AUGCCAGUUAUAAACCAUUUAGCCAACAAAGUUAAACAUAAGCUACGAGAAACAGUAAGCUGUAUAGUCAAUCCAGAUGCUAGUAAACUAGACGAGGAAGAGGAGGAAUAUCUUGCUGAAGGGCACAGAUAUGAUUCAUUUGCUCCCGUAAGGCAUGAUGCAAUGGUUAAAUUUUUUAUUGAUGGCCACGAUUAUUGCUGGGCUGUAUCAGAAGCUAUUGAGAAUGCAAAAGAAGUCAUCUUUAUUGCAGAUUGGUGGCUGUCACCAGAGCUGUACCUCCGAAGACCCCCAGCCAAAUAUCCGCAAUAUCGAAUUGAUAAUUUACUAAAGAGAAAGGCAGAAGAAGGUGUUCUUAUUUACAUUGUUGUAUACAAGGAAGUCGAGAUGGCAAUGACACUGGAUAGUGCCUAUACGAAGAAGAAAUUACAGGAUUUGCAUGAGAAUAUUGUAGUGCAAAGGCACCCUGAUCAUGCAGUCGGAGGAACAUUCUUUUGGUCUCAUCAUGAAAAGUUUGUUGUAAUUGACAAUCGUAUUGCCUUUGUGGGUGGAAUUGACUUAUGCUAUGGACGCUGGGAUACGCAUGCACACCGGUUAGCAGACUUUCAUUCAUCCGAUCCUACUUUAGAAAUAUUCCCUGGUCAAGAUUAUAGUGAUGCACGCUUACGAGACUUUGAGCAUGUUAAUGAAUGGGAUCUGAGACUUGUAGACAAGACAGUUAUUCCUAGAAUGCCUUGGCACGACAUGGCCUUAUGCAUGUUAGGUCAUCCAGUCUUGGAUGUUGCACGUCACUUUUGCGACAGAUGGAAUUUUAUUAAGCAAUCAAAGGCACUGGACAAAAGACAUGUGCCUUUCCUAAAGCCACCUGCUGGUGGUUACAGUAGUUACCAAAACUUCAAGAUCCCUCUGGAGAGUAGAUUGUUGCGAUCCUACCACUAUGGUCACUCAACCCAUGGCGUUCAAGGCACAUGUCGAGUUCAAGUACUUCGUAGUAGCGCAGAAUGGAGUUCAGGCAUUAAAUUAGAGCAUUCUAUUCAAAACGCUUACAUUGAUGUCAUUACACAAGCAAAGCAUUACAUUUACAUAGAAAACCAAUUCUUUAUUACAACAACUGAAAAAGAUGAUAAUUACAUCAUAAAAAAUCAAAUUGGAACUGCCAUUGUGAACCGUAUUAUUAAAGCUCACGAGGAACAAGAAAAAUUCAAGGUUUUUGUGCUGAUUCCUUUGAUGCCUGCUUUCCCCGCUGAAUUAAGCACCAAGGAUGCAGCUACAGCAAGACUGGUUAUGUAUUAUCAAUACGUUUCCAUAUGUAGUGGACCUAAAAGUAUUUAUGAAAAGCUUCGAAAAGCAAACAUAAACCCCGAAGAUUACAUUCGCUUUUACAGCUUAAGAAGCUAUGACCGAAUCAAUCGCCCUAUAGUCGAAGAAAUGCUUGCAAGAAGCGCAGGAUAUACAUCUUAUGAUGCCCUAGGCCGAGUCAUUUUGAAUGAACAAGAAAAAGAGGAAAAGGAAAUUCCACCUGCUGGUUUUGUUCUUCCACAAGAUCGACCUCCCAGAGAGGGGUUCACUGCUGCUACGUCAAUUGCACCAGAUGCGAUGGAUGGUGGACAUAAGGUGAUGAACGAACCUUGGGUAAGCGACAGGGCGAAUUAUCAGCCUAGAGAUGAUAUCCAUGAAAAGCAAGAAGCUAGUGAUUAUGUAACAGAAGAACUGUACAUUCAUGGAAAACUACUUAUUGCAGAUGAUCGUGUGGUUAUCAUGGGCUCUGCUAAUCUGAACGAUCGUUCACAAUGCGGUGAUCGAGACUCAGAAAUUGCAGUUAUUGUGGAAGACCAAGAGAUGAUACUCUCUCGUAUGAACAAUCAACCAUAUGAAGCAAGUAGAUUCGCAGCUACCCUUCGACGUCAAUUGUGGAAAGAACAUUUAGGUCUGAUCAAAGAGGAAGAAAUGGAUUUUGUUACACCGGCUAUGCUGCCAUUGCCUGUGCCCCACGUGGAUUUGACUCAGACCAAGGAGGACCACUGGGUGAUGGAUCCUCUUGAUGAAGAAACACUCAUACGAUGGAACAAGACUGCAGCAACAAAUACCCUUGCUUUCCGUAACGUUUUUCACUGUGUCCCUGAUGAUACAUUGACAAACUGGGAUGAAUAUCAUGCAUUUUACCCCGAUCCAAGCAAGAUUAAUCUUGGUCAUGUUUAUGAUCCCAGUAUGCCUGUUCAAGAAAUCAGAGAAAAUUUGGACAAGAUUCAUGGUCACCUUGUUGAGUUCCCUACCCAAUUUUUACGUUUUGAAGACCUGCAAGGAAGCUCAUUACCCAUCGUAGGAACAGCUGUACAAGAAUUAUACACUUAA